GCAGUAUGGUGAGUGAUGAAGAAUUAAUUGUAGGAACUAAAAAACCAUCACUAGCUCUUGAACUCCCCGCUUGUGGAGUUAGAAGAGUGAGCAAAGAUGUUGACUUCGUCUCUGAAGAAUUGUGCCACAAAGAUAGGUCCACAUGCUAUUAUGAUCUUUGUUCAGCUAAUAGCUGCAGGUUAUAUCGUCUUAAGCAAGGUUAUUGUGGUAGAUGGAAUAAGCUCCAGUGUAUAUCUUGUCUAUCAAUUCAUAUUAGCCACCGUUUUCAUGGCAGUCUUGGCAUUUUUCCUUGAAAGAAGGACUAGACCUCCCUUUACAAAAUCAAUUGCAAUGUGGAUUUUCUUACUUGCUUUUGCGGGGAUAACAAUUCCACAAAACCUUCUAGUGGGAUGCUUAAACUUCAUAUCCAGCACAAUAGAAGCUUCAGUUUUCAACUUGGUACCUGUGUUCACAUACAUCUUGUCUGUAAUCUCAAGGCAAGAAGCACUUGAACUCAACAGAUGGUGGGGUAGAGGCAAGAUAUUUGGAACCCUUUUAUCUGUUUCUGGGGCACUCACCCUCAUGCUAUGGCGUGGAUCAUCUGUUUCUUUUCUUACUUCAGCUUUGGGUAAUUGGUUGCUUGGCUUCUUUAUGGCUGUUUUUGGCAUCCUUUCCUACAGUGCAUGGAUUUCGAUGUUGAGGCCCAUUUUGGAAAUAUAUCCAGCUGAGUUCUCGUUGACUGCAAUCAUGUUCUUCUUUGGAACAUUACAAACAAGUGUAGUGGCUUCAAUUCUAAGCCGUGAAGCAUCAGAUUGGAAGCUGAAAUGGGAUUUAGAGCUCUUAAGCAUAGUCUUUGGAGGAGUUUUAAACAGCGGGCUGAGUUGCGCCUUGUUAACAUGGGCAACGUCUAUCAAGGGACCAAUUUUUGUUGCUGCAUUUACACCGCUAACCUUCGUUUUCGCAGCUAUCAUGGAGAAAAUUUUGGGGUCCACUUUGUACCUUGGAAGUGUUAUUGGAUCAAUCGUGAUAGUUCUGGGGCUCUACAUAUAUUUAUGGUCAAAAUCAAAAGAAGAAGCGCACAGCUCUAUGGAAGGGGACGACUGUAUUACAUCUUCUCUUCUUCCAUAAUUUGCCUUCUAACUUUUGUCUGUCCUUAAUUAGUUGGGAUUGGGAUUGGGAUUGUUACGUACAGAAGCAAAUAAUCAGUGGAAAUAAUUCCUAUCAUGUAAACUUAUGGCAGAAUUUGAGGGAAACAUUCGAUCAAAGGUUUUUUGAGUAAAUAUGUAAUUAUAUUAAAGGUCUAAGCACGUCAUAAUCCCAAAUGUAUGGCCCAUAUAUUUUCUAAUGGACCAAAGAUAUUCUCCACGUCAUGGAAUUUUCUUUUCUUUGCU